ACAAGGAUUCAGAUAAAGCCGCGACAUCAUCGGGAACCCAUUGUGCGAGUAUUCUCUAAAAAUUUUGUUCUAAUCGUCCACACGUUUAUUAAAUGAUAUUCUUCGAAUCUGUGAAAAAAUAGUAAAUUAUUUGUUGAAGAAAGCAAAAAUGUUUCAGUUCGGACGAUCAGAGGGUUUUCCUUCACAAUAUUCCGCGAAUCAUACUCCGGUGACGAUAGACGUGACCGAGACUAUAUUAAUUGCGAUUUUCGUAAUUAUCUCGAUUGCUUAUAUCAGUAUUAUACCAGGCUACCGGAAAAGGCAAAGCAUCUACACAACUAUAAAAAUCGCGUUUAGUAUUGUGAUUGGAUGUUUCUUAAUAAUAGAGAACUUUGGUCAGGAAUGGGAAUGCGGCCAAACAAGAAGCAAGACACCCUAUCGAGCUGGUGUAGGCCAGGAAAUCGAGGCUCAAAUGGCAAUUAAGAUAGGACUGAGAUCGGUGAAUAUCACGCUGAAAGCUAAUCCGGAAGAAGGUACACUGCUCGCAAAGGAAACAAUUGAUUAUAACGAAAGAUUUCCUUGGACGUGGGAUCAAGGCAGGCUCGGUUUCGGACCCUACGCCGGACUGCUGCAAAGGUCCUUCCGCGAAGGACAAAGGAAGGGUUUGCCAAUUCCCAUUUUAUGGAUCGUCGAGUAUUUCGUCAUCGAUGGAGAAGGCAUUCGAUUCGGGAGGUUUUAUCGAACAGCCGGAUGGUACUGUCACAUCUUACUGUGGACCGCCUUCGCCUGCUGGGUCCUGGCUAACAUAUUCCUACAAUCCGUGAGCCGAUACGUCGCCUAUUUAACCGGCUUGAUAGGCGGCUUGCAGCUGUUAACUUGCCUCGUCUGGGUCUGCGUACACAAUCCAAUUCCGCUUGUAAUUCCUUUCGAGGAUGGCGUGAUUAAGAUGACAUUAGGCCUGCAUUUUUGGAUGACUUUCGGAUGCGGAUUACUUUGCGUUCUUUUGGCGAUCAUAAUGAUAUUUAUGGAUUUGCGUUAUCCUAAUACACUGUCUACGUUUUUGGGAAUAGAUCCACUUAGCCAAUAUGAUGAAUGUGUAAUACGAAGCUAUCAAAUGGACAAUAUAUUGCGUAAGAGAGUACACAUAGAUGACUCGAUGGAAAUGACUUCAAUCUCUGCCUUUCCGCAAGAUAAAAACACAGGAAUGAUGGUGUUAAAGAGAAGAUCGACCUUAAAAAACGCACAAAAGUCGCUUUUCCUCGCGUCAACUCCCAUAAAAAUGGAAAUCUACGAUGAUGUAGCUAUUUAUGAAAACCAAGACAUAGCAGGUUCAUCUAAAAGCACGCCUAAAAUGGAAAUAAUCAACAAGCCGAAAGAAGUCAAGCCGCCGCCUGUUCCGAAAAAGAAGAGGAUAAAGGUCGGUCCCUGAAUGUCGAAAUCAAUCAUUCACUUCCGAUCUAUCCUAUCAACACGAAUAGAUCGUCACUUUGAAAGAAGAAGAUCGAUGUAUAUAAAUGCGUGUAUUUCUAUUAUCUUGUAUCAAUACACGUAGCGACCAAGAAACGUAGCUUUUUCGAAAUAAACCAAACGAUCCGAUCAAACGACA